GUCGCCUUUCCCCUCCCCUCCCCCCCUCCGGCACUUGUGAGUGACAGGCGGGAGUUCAGGAGCUGCGAGGACGCCGAGUCGCCGUUGCCGCCGCCAAACCGUGGAAGGAGAAGCCGCUUUUUCGCCGCCCGGAGCGCUGCUUCUGCCGCCUCCUCCCCUUCUUUCUCCUCCUCCUCUCCCACGCAGUACUAUGAGGCGGCCCUGACGGGGGCCACCGCAGCCCGCCCGCCCUGCCCCCCUUCCCCCUCUCCUCGUCCCCCCCUCGCCCCCAGCCCCCUGUCCUCGCCUCAGCCCAGCCCAACGAAGCCCGGCGCGGCGGCGGGGUCUGGGCUCCCCACCCGCCCCCCGAUGACUGCGGCAAACUGCGGCGGCGCCAACGACGAGUUCGACUUCAGGCUCAUCUUCGGGGAGGACGGGCAGCAGCCGGGCCCGGGGCCGCCGGCGUCGACGACGACGCCACUGCCACAGCCGCUUGGGCCUGCCGCCGCCUCAGCAGAUCUUGAACCUGAUGACUGUGCUUCUGUGUGCAUCUUCAGUGUAGAUCAUUCAUCAUCUGUAAAUCAUCCUAUUUGUAUCCCUUGUCAUGGAUUUCAGUCACAUCAUUCUCCUUUGUCUUCGCCUACUAGACUGCAGGGUCAUAAAAGCUAUGAAGGAAUGUGUGAAGUACCACAAUCCAAGUACAGUGCACUAGGUGGUCCUAAGACAUUUGAGUGUCCUAGCAUUCAAAUUACAUCUAUUUCUCCUAACUGUCAUCAAGGAAUAGAAGCCAGUGAAAAUGAAUUGCACACAAAUGGCCCUCAAAAUGAAUAUAUGGAAAGGCCUUCAAGGGACCAUUUGUAUCUUCCUCUUGAGCCAUCUUACAGGGAUUCGUCCCUUAGCCCAAGUCCUGCCAGCAGCAUUUCCUCCCGAAGCUGGUUCUCGGAUGCCUCCUCUUGUGAGUCGAUUUCUCAUAUUUAUGAUGAUGUGGAUUCAGAACUGAAUGAAGCUGCUGCUCGAUUUACCCUUGGAUCACCUUUGGCAUCUCCUGGAGGUUCUCCAAGGGGCUGUCCAGUGGAUGAACCCUGGCAACAAUCUUAUGGAUUUGGGCAUGCCUUGUCACCUAGACAAUCUCCUUGUCAUUCUCCUAGGACUAGUAUCACAGAUGAAAAUUGGCUUAGCCCUAGGCCAACCUCAAGACCAUCAUCGCGACCUACAUCACCGUGUGGGAAACGGCGACAUUCUAGUGCUGAGAUCUGUUAUGUUGGUUCACUUUCUCCUCACCAUUCUCCAACUCCCUCUCCAGGACAUUCUCCUAGGGGAAGUAUAACUGAAGACACAUGGCUAAAUUCUUCUCUUCAUGGUCUGACUCCUGGCCUUUCACCUUUUCAGUGUUGUGCAGAGACUGACAUCCCUCUUAAAACACGAAAGACCUCUGAGGAUCAAACUGCCAUUAUAUCAGGAAAAAUAGAGCUUUGUUCUGAAGAACAGGGUAGUUUAUCACCAUCACUUGAAACAGCAAUAGAUGAUAGCUCUGGAGCCCAGCAUAUGUUAAAAAAAGACUUGUCUGGUGACCAAUUUCUUUCUGUUCCUUCACACUUCACCUGGAACAAACCAAAGCCUGGCCAUACUCCUAUCUUUCGCACAUCUUCGUUGCCUCCCCUAGACUGGCCUUUGCCUACUCAAUAUGGACAGUGUGAAUUGAAAAUAGAAGUGCAACCAAAAACUCAUCAUAGAGCACAUUAUGAAACAGAAGGCAGUAGAGGAGCAGUAAAAGCAUCAACUGGUGGCCAUCCUGUAGUGAAGCUCCUGGGUUAUAGUGAAAAGCCAGUAAACCUACAGAUGUUCAUUGGGACAGCGGAUGAUCGUUAUCUACGGCCACAUGCCUUCUACCAAGUGCAUAGAAUAACGGGUAAAACAGUUGCUACUGCUAGUCAAGAGAUAAUUAUUGCAAGCACAAAGGUCUUGGAAAUUCCACUUCUUCCUGAAAACAAUAUGUCAGCCAGUAUUGACUGUGCAGGCAUUUUGAAACUCCGCAAUUCUGACAUAGAACUUCGAAAAGGGGAGACAGAUAUUGGAAGAAAGAAUACAAGAGUGCGGCUUGUGUUUCGAGUUCACAUCCCACAGCCUAAUGGAAAAGUUUUGUCCCUUCAAGCUGCUUCAAUACCUGUUGAAUGCUCUCAGAGAUCGGCUCAAGAACUUCCUCAGAUAGAGAAAUACAACAUUAACAGUUGCUCAGUAAAUGGAGGCCAUGAAAUGGUUGUUACUGGAUCGAAUUUCCUUCCAGAAUCAAAAAUAAUAUUUCUUGAAAAGGGGCAAGAUGGAAGGCCCCAGUGGGAGGUGGAAGGAAAAAUAAUUAGAGAAAGGAGUCAAGAGGCUACAAUUGUUCUUGAAGUUCCUCCAUACCACAACAAAACAGUUACAGCUACUGUCCAGGUGCAGUUCUAUGUUUGCAAUGGCAAGAGGAAAAAAAGUCAGUCUCAGCGUUUUACUUACACUCCAGUUGUACUAAAGCAAGAGAACAGAGAUGAAAUGGAUUUGUCUUCAGUUCCAUCAUUGUCCUUGACUCGUUGUACAGGUGUCAAAGGACUCUCUUCUCUCCAAACUCAGCUGCCUUCACCAGAUCCAGGGCUCUCGCAUGAUAGUUUACUUUCUACUUCACCUAGGAGCCUUGUAUGCCCAGUUCAGCAGACGUACACAUCCAUGGCAUCCUCACCAGUAUCUCAGUUGCCACACAUCCAGAAUAGAAGCAUUAGUCCAGGUGAAGAGCAUCAUGUUUUGUCUCCAGCUGUAGUCCACCAAUCUUUUCAGGUAACAUCAGCACCUUCUGCGAGGCCUUCCUACCAGCCUAUGCAAUCUAAUGUUAUGUUUAAUGGACAGACUGGUCUUCCCAUGAACUCUGCUUCCUCCAGCCAAGGAUAUGAUGCAAUUUCCUUUCAACAAGAUGCAGCUGUACCUCCAUUGAUAAACCUUAGCUGCCAAUCUCUACCAACAAUGCCCUAUCUUUCUUCAAGUCCAGUUUCAGUGUCAACUUCAGCUGCAACAGGAGGGCAUCCUUCAGUCCACCCAACUCAAUCAAGACAAUCGUCACCUCAUUUGCAGUCAAUGGGAUACCAUUGUCCAAAUCCUCUGCAAAGUUCUGUCUCUUCCACAAUGACUCAGUCCCUGGGACACCCUUCAACACAGUUGCAACAAGUUACUUACCAUUCUUCAAAUCCAGGUAACACUUCAUCGCCAUCCCCAAAACCUUCUCAUUCAUUGGGCCAUUCACCACGAUCUGGGCCAUCUUCUCCACAAUUGCAGCCUAUGCCUUACCAGACUCCUAGCUCAGGACCCGCUUCAUCUCCUCCUCCAACUGCUGUUGGUCACUCUGGACAACAGUCCCCACAGGCACACAGCCCAGGCUUGGGUGGAAUUCCUGCAGCUUCAUCUUUGAUGCAUCAUAACAUAUGUGACUCAUCUCCAUUUUCACCAGAGGAAUCAGCUGUUAACAUUAAACCUGAACCUGAAGAUCAAGAGUUGAAUUUUCAGACAAUAGGGUUGCAAGACAUCACUUUGGAUGAUGUGAAUGAAAUCAUAGGAAGAGAUAUGUCACAGAUCUCGGUGUCCCAUGGAGCAGGGGUGGCUAUCCAUUCUUCGCAUGCAUCUUCUGCAUCUCUGGAGACAGGACUAUCAGAUGGAGCUCAGUAGCUACUAAGCUUGUGACUUAGUGAUCCAGAAAGCUUCGCACUUUUCCUUUGAGUAAUGCUUCAUCCCCCUCCUUAGAUUUACUGUGCUUCCGACUUUGUGGCCUUGAUGAUCUGGAACAGUGGAUCCUUUGCAUAGCUGUUCUGGGAGGGUGGGGAAACGGUUACACUUCUAGCUUCCUAGGAUGCUGUAAAAAUUACUUUGUAAAAAUGGACACAAAGAAGCAACCCAAGAUACUUUAACCAUGAAAAAAUACCAAUGAGCUAUGCUUGUUUUGUGCAUUUAAUAGAAUACUUUUAUAUUAAGUGCUUAAUUGUAUGGAGAAAUAUAGUUUUGCUCUCAA